AUGCUAUCUUCCAUAAUUGCAAUACCAAAACCCACUUUGGGAAAACAUGGGGUCACUAAUGGCCUCUACUAAUCUUAUUAUUGCAUUCACAAUAAUGUCUCUUGCUUUUGCUUCUCAAAUUUCAGCAAAUAAUUAUAUCUAUUCAUCUCCACCACCACCGUCACCAAAGCCUUACUACUACCACUCACCGCCACCACCAGUGCACUCUCCUCCACCUCCUUACCAUUACAUUUCACCACCGCCGCCACCAAAGAAGCCGUACAAAUACCAUUCUCCUCCUCCACCAGUUUACAAGUACAAGUCUCCACCACCACCCUAUAAAUACCCUUCUCCACCACCACCACCAAAAAAACCUUACAAAUAUCUCUCUCCUCCACCACCAGUUUACAAAUCUCCUCCUCCUCCUUAUAAGUACCCUUCUCCUCCACCUCCACCGUAUAAAUAUCCAUCUCCACCACCACCAGUUUAUAAGUACAAAUCACCUCCUCCACCAGUGUAUAAAUACAAAUCUCCUCCACCUCCACCUAAAAAGCCAUAUAAGUAUCCAUCUCCACCUCCCCCUGUUUAUAAAUACAAAUCUCCACCACCACCAGUUUACAAGUACAAAUCACCUCCUCCACCAGUGUAUAAGUACAAAUCUCCUCCACCUCCACCUAAAAAGCCAUAUAAGUAUCCAUCUCCACCUCCCCCCGUUUACAAAUACAAAUCUCCACCACCACCGGUGUACAAAUCUCCACCUCCUCCCGUUUACAAAUACAAGUCACCACCACCCCCAGUGUACAAAUACAAAUCUCCACCUCCCCCCGUUUACAAAUACAAGUCACCACCACCCCCAGUGUACAAGUACAAAUCUCCACCACCACCAGUGUAUAAAUCUCCACCACCACCCUACAAGCAUAUAUCUCCACCACCAACGCCCAAGAAACCAUACAAGUACCCAUCACCACCACCACCAGUUUAUAAAUACAAAUCUCCACCACCACCAUACAAGUACCCAUCCCCACCACCACCUCCGUACAAAUAUCCAUCACCACCACCACCAGUCUACAAAUAUAAGUCUCCCCCACCACCGUACAAGUACCCAUCACCUCCACCGCCACCAUACAAAUAUCCAUCACCACCACCUCCAGUUUACAAGUAUAAGUCCCCUCCUCCACCUGUUUAUUCACCACCUCCACCACAUUAUGUUUAUGCUUCACCUCCUCCUCCGGUCUAUUCCCCUCCUCCACCGCAUUACAUCUAUGCAUCACCUCCUCCUCCUUACCAUUAAUAGAGAGUGGUUUACCAUAUCAUCCAUGGAUUUGAGGAAUAUAUCGAAAAUAAAGCGAAGAUAGUGCACAUAAGGAAUAUGCAUUGUGCAAUUAUACAAAGGAAAAAUAGUGGAAGCAAAGUUUCUGAAGAUGUAUCGCACAAUUAUUAAUUUGUCUCAUAAAAAGAAAAAAGUGUCACUCUUUUUCUCUUCGUGUGUUUUAUUUAGGAAUAAAUUAUAUUCUCAUUAUUGUAUGAAUUUUGAAUUUAAGAUGUUGUAAAGCACUUUGUGUCAUACCGUAUGUCAUUUAAUCAUAUAUGUGAAUGCAUUUUGUUUUAAUUGCAACUUAAUCGUUUGCAAAGGGUUGCGAAGCCAAAUCAAUGUUAAAUAAAAAUUGAAUA